AUGAUACUCCGGUCUAUAAUUGUUUUGUUAUUGUCAGUGUAUUUCGUUACUGCUAUCGAUGACCCCCAAUAUAUACAAACAUCCGAUGGUGGAGAGAUUUCAUUGAAAAAUGAGAAUUCAAUUAUUAAUGUUGCCUUUACUUACUCUCCUGAUGGUGUUGAAGCUCAAACUGUGAAUGCAGAACUUGGUGACGAUAACCAAUGGAGAGCAAGAAUUGAUGGUUUAAAGCCACAGAAAAAGGUUGAGUAUUAUGCUACUGUAAAUACUGAUAUUGGUACCGAAACUUCCAAAGUCCAAGAAUGGACUACAGCCUCCUUGAUGCCACUUCCCCCACGAAGAAUGAGGGGUGCAGUCAUAUUUAGAGAAGAUUUUAAUGGACAGCAUUUGAAUUUAAACAACUGGAUGAUUGAUGUGACAGCCACUGGUGAUUGGGUAGUGUGA